AUGGCAAGCUUCGACUAUGAAAGCAACGACAACGGAAAUGGCGCCUCCGCCACUGCAGCCGCAGCCGCAGCCGCAGCAGAAGGCGGCAGCAGAAACAAAAACCACUGCAUCACUGAUUUCGUUGACCAAGGGAGCGUGGAGAGCUCUAGGUACUACUGCGCUCAUCGGACGGUGUGUAAAAUUCUUGGAGGUCGUGAUUAUGAUGUGCCUUACUCGAAGUCACGAGCUCUCUGUUCAAUUUCCGUCGUGUUUUCGGCCAACAACCGAACAUCUAAAGCCUCCGUGUCUGUGAUCCUCUCCGCUCUGAUCCAUCGAGCAAGGCGUACCUUCCGAUCAGAAACUUUCCCCUUCCACCAGAGUUACCAUUGGAAUAGGCCUUUUGAUGUCUUUAGAGAAGUUGGCUGUGUCUCAGUACUUUUGAUCAAUUUUUCCAAAUUCACUUCAAAGGAUUUGAUCAAUGACUUGCUGGCGAAUAUCUCAAAGCAUAUAUGGCAACCUAAGUAUGAGGUAUUGACUACAGAUGAGAAGUCAAAAUUGCUUGAGAAGUACAAAAUGGAAGCGAAGCAGCUGGAAUUUUUGGAAGACAGAGUCCUUACAACAAUUUACAAUCUCUUAAGUUCUCAUUAUAAGAGUUUUUCAAGUGUGACUCUUAAUGAUUCAGAGGAUCUAUUCUCUAACAUCACAAUGUUUAGUUUCUCAACAUCAGUACAAGUAGCAAGAACAGGAAAGCCAGGCUAG